GGUGUCUCCCCGCUUGCGACUACGACCAGCCAGCACCACCACCAGCACCACCACUUCAAGACUACCCAGAGACCAUCGAGAAGACACAGAUUACCAUUGCAGAACUCAAUUAAGUUAUAUACUCUGAACAUCAGCCAAAGGACCUCCAUGUCCCCAGACCACGCCGCUCCGACAAAGGCAUCUCUCCUCAAAUGGUGGUCUCAAUUCACGAACGCACAGAAGACAAAAAAAACACCCGAAUAUAACAAAGCCCCAGCUCACGACGAACACCCGGUCUUCGGACGGCCACUCAAGGAGAGCUUGAAACGGGCGAGCGUACAAAUCUCGACAGCCAAUGCAGACGGUGACCUCUACGUAUGGGGUUACAUUCCCGUCGUCGUAGCCAAGUGUGGUCUCCAUCUCAAAGACAACGCCACAGAAGUGGAGGGUACCUUCCGUGUCAAUGGGUCAGCUAAGCGCAUGAGAGAUCUUCAAGCUGCCUUUGAGAAGCCACCCCGAUUCGGGAAGGACUUGGACUGGAAGACAGAACAUUACACUACCCACGACGUGGCCAGCGUUUUUCGACGGUACCUGACUCAGAUGCCCGAGCCUGUAAUACCACACCAUAUGUAUCAUGAUUUUCGGGAUGCUUUGGCGAAGAAACCGUACAAUAAAGAUGAAGUUAUAGCCACAUACAAACGCCUAAUUCAACGGAUGCCAAGAGCAAAUCAAUACCUCCUCCUUUACGUCCUGGACCUUCUGUCCGUCUUCGCCAGAAAGUCGGACAAGAAUUUGAUGACUGCUGCCAAUCUGGCGGUGAUAUUCCGUCCAGGGCUUAUAUCCCACCCUGACCAUGAGCUCUCUCCGAGCGAGCAUCAGCUUAGCCAAGAAGUCCUUGAGUUCUUGAUUGCACACCAGGAUUGGUUCUUACUUGACAUACCCCCUCCGCCAAGAACACAGCCAUACACAUCGUGGCACCCCCCAAGACAGAGUCGUUUCUCCACGGCACCACAGAACGAUGAAGACCCUGAUCUAGUGGUCGUCCCCAGUUCAGAUGAUGAACCACCCAAUGCCAACGGGUGGAGGCUCGCCGACCGGCGGCGGCGGAUCACUAGACGCCGUACGACGCACGAACAUGUCGAUUCGCAAGACUGGGUAGUUCCCCCAACGCCACAGGAACUGUCGCCUGUUGCAGAGCGUCCUUCAUCUACUACCUCCAGCAUUCUUGGGGUGGUGCGGAGUCGGACAUUGCCAUCGCGGAGGGAUCGUGUGGGUGCUGAUGAGGAGUUCAAUAGUUUGGAUGAUGACGGGCGGAGAGCGAGGGUGUUGCGGAAGCAGAAGCGUUUGUCCGCGCAGCCGAAGAAAGAAGGGACCGAGUGACGGCACGGACGUGUGAGUUACAAGGUGUUGAAGUUGAAGGGAGAGGCAGGGGUGCAGGUGAACAGUUCGACUCGGUCUGAGGAUUGACUGUGUGGCGAGAAUACCUGACGUGAUAGCGAAGUCGAUGAUACCACCUCAGCUGUCUUGAGGACGUGCAAGCUCGCUCCCCGCCGUGACCAUCCGAUCCCACGUCUAUUGCCCAAGGCUUGCCGUCCUCCUCCCGCUGUUGCAGUGCGGUGUUUUUUCUCUCUUGUUUCCCUCACUCGGUGGCCAGAUGGUUGGUUGACGAUACGGAAAUCUGGUAUUGGGUAUGGGUAUUCUGUAUGGAUAGCUAUGUACUACUUCCAUGGGUCGUAUGUAUUGGGGUGUAAUUGGGAGUAAAUUCUGGGGUCCGA